UAGUCUAGCCGGUUUGCAUUAGCCAUGUGAUGUAGAGUAAACUCUGGUUUAGAAGCUUAUUGCCUCAGUCAAUAUUUGCAAUCGCUUUAGGGAGGGAAGUUUUCUUUUACUCUCUCUAUCUCUCUCUCUUUAAAACAGCUUUGACUGACGCAAAAGUCCCCAAGCCCCCUCAAAAUCUCCGUAAAUGCUGAUGGGUGUGCCUCACUCACCUCCUCUUCCACAGAUGUUUCCGGCUUCGAGAAGAGCUGAAAAUGAAGGACAGGUUAGAGGAGCUCAGGAACAGAGUGAACGAAGACGGGGACUCUCUGGAUCUAGAUGACACUCUCUCCUUCGACAACCCUAUUUUCCAAGAGGAAGAGGGCAAUCCCAUGAACAAGGUUUUCCAGGAGAUAACCAGUCUCUCCUUGGCACUGAAUAAGCUGGAAGAGUUAUCUGAGAACAUCGACAAGAAGCAGCAGCAGGUGCUUUGCUGCACUACCGAGGAAAGCAUUUGCAGGGAGAAAAAAGAGCUGAGUGCAAUCAAAGACUCUUUCACCCAGGAGGCCAAAACCCUGCAGCCGAGGCUCAACAGCAUCCAAGAGGCUCUCGCCAGGGACAGCAAACAGUGGCUGGCCAUUAGCCGCAUACGCCACAUCCAGCUCUCAGCACUUGUUGGCCGCUACCGUGACAUCAUUGCCCACCACUACGCCAAGGAGACACAAUAUGUGGAGAAGCUGAAGGAGCAGAUCAGGAGGCAAACGGAACUGGCUGGCUUGGAUCUUCAGGAAGAGGACAUCAAGCGGAUGGUGGAGAGUCCUGUGGUGCCACGCAUCGUUGGCCAAGACUUGGAAGUGCUCAGAGCCAAGCAGCAUCUGGCCUUGGCGCAGGUGCGCCACCAGCAGCUGCUGGACUUGGAAGUACAGAUUGGCGAGUUGCACGCUCUCUUCCUGCACCUGGAGAUCCUGGUUGCAGAGCAGCAGGAGACCAUCAACAGCAUCGAGUACAAUGUCCUGCAUACCCUUGAUUACAUCUCUCAGUCGAACGAGGAGGUCAAGAAAGCCCUCAAAUAUGAGCGGCAGUCACGGUUAUCUGCUGCGUUAUCUGCGGUGCUGGGCCUCUGCGCUUGCUGCACAUGUCUAUCGUGUAUGGCGACUCCGAGUGUGAUGAGCUGAAUAAAGAAGUGUGGGCACGCAGACAUUUUUUCCUAGACUUAACGGCUACCACUGGUGACUAAUGAUAGCACUCUGGAACAUUGGAUGUGUAUGUCAUUGCAGGUCAGUCCUGGAUAGUUGCUUGGGGUGGAUGGAAGCAUUUGCAAGGCAACUAAAUGCAUCUUGCUUAUGGAUUCUGCCAAGUUUUUUUGUUCUGUUCUUAAGAGCAUGGAAAGAGGCCUGCUGUGGAUGCUUUUUUCUGGCCAGCAUCCUGUCUCCAGCCCCACACAGCUGAAUGCUUCAGGGAAGUAGACAGGCAUGACGUGAAGAUGAUGCAACAACAAUGAAAAGGUGUUCAUUUCUUCAACUAUGUCUGCAGGAACAUAGAAACCUGUCUUCUACUGAGUUUGACCAUGGGUCCAUCUAGCUUCAUAGUGUCUAUGUUGACUGGCAGGGGCUCUCCAGGAUUCCAGGCAAGGUUCCUUCCCAGUCCUAUCUGGAGAUGCUGGGGAUUGAAGAUGGGACCUUCUGCAUGCAAAGCAGGUGCUCUACCACUAAGCCGCAGUCCUUUCGCAAACAGCUCUACUGUCUCCCAGCUAAGAGGAGUUAAAGCCCAGAAAGGCAGUAGAGGUCAAACCAGCCCAGAGGCCAAAUCUUCUGAUGAACAACACUUGAAUCAUAAUCCCAAAUGCAUCUGAAAGGAAGGUACUUCUGCAUAUCCUCAUAACACUCUCUUCUUUUCCAUGUUUUCUGUGUUCCAAAUGGAGACUUUGGAAAUGUAGGGCUAGCCCAGUAAUGCAGCAGGAGCCAUAAGUGACCUGCCAGGAAGGGGGAUUAGAGGAAGGCAGGAAUCAGUGCAUCCAGAGUAUUAGCCCUAUCUUGGGGUGGGGGUUGGUGGAGGUUGCACAUUUGCAGUUUGCUCCGCUUUUCUUGGGCUGGCACUAUGAAAACAGGUUCUGUGGCAUGUCUCAACUCUGCUGAAGUCUAGCUUCAGUGAAACUGGAGAUUACUGAAAUAUGUAUAGUUCAAAAGAAAGUUGUAGACUGCCAUAAUUCACCCCCCCCACGACAUCUUCCUUCCUCAUUUUUUGCAUAACAGAGUUGCCACAAAUUCUCCCAAUGUGUCCAUGGUUAGAAUGCAUUACCACCAGUGGAUGCCCCUUGGACAAGUGACUCCCCCCUCACCAGGAGGGUCUUCUCAGUGGGCCCUGCUGCUAGGGUGUGUGGCCCAUGGUACUGGCCCUGAUCCCAUAAAAAGAAAGUAAGGGAUCCCCCCUGCCCCACCUGUAAGACGAGGUCAUUGCACCAUUUGGAACAAAGAAGAAAACCAAAAACAUCGUUUGGUUUACUGGCUUUAUUUCCUAGAUGCUUAAAUUGAUCAUGUGUUUUACAUCCUGGCUCCAUUCAGUUAUGAUUUCAAAUGGCUUCUGGUUGGUGUAAUUUGGAAUAACCUACAGUAUGAAUUAAGGGUGUUAAUGUUUACAUAAGAAGGCAAUGUGUGCAUGCAUGUAAUAUAUCUAUAUAUAUAUAUCUAUGUACUUGUAUACAUGCACAUUACAUAAGUAUUAAUAUGCAUGUGUAUAUAAAUUUGUAUAAAAUCAUCUUACACAAUUA